CGCCGUGUCCCUCGUCGGACUCUUAUAGUGAAGGACGUGUUUUUUUGUUUUGGUCACACAACUUCCGUACCAGAGAUGUCCUCGUCGUUUUCGACGCGUUCACACAAAAUGUUGCUUUUAUAUUCCUGACAUUUUGCGCGCGAUGGCCGAGGACGAGCUCGCUGCGUUCAGGGAACGUUGGAAACGUGAGCUUUGGCGUCCAAAAGAGGAGAGGCGGCUCGUUCCCGUUGCGUCCCCCCGUUGCAGUCACGAAAACAAAGACGCGAGUCGGGGUCAGAACGAGCUCGAAACCGAAAGGAGCGGUGGCGUUGAGGAACCCAGCUACGUGUCCAUCGCCAGAGGCUUGCUGGGCGGCAGGACGAGCCCGCUUUUGGGCAGACUCGCGGAGGAGAGGACCAAGAGGAAGAAGAAAUACCAAGAGGAGACCGCCACCUGCAGGGAGUCCCUGAAGCAUCCUCGGAAAAAAGUCCAGAAAGAAGAGCAGCUGGUGGAUCAGCUCAUUCUGGACCUGAACGAGGCCAACGACAUCCCUUUCUUUGACAUUGACUUGCCUUAUGAGUUAGCCCUAAAGAUAUUCCAGUAUCUCAACCGAACCGAGCUCGGCAGAUGUGCACAGGUGAGCAAGGCGUGGCGAGCACUGGCCGAGGACGGGAUGCUGUGGUUCAGGCUGUGCGUGGCGGAGGGCCAUGGGCGCGGCGCCGCCGUGUCCGACUCGCCUUGCUGGAAGGCGGCGCUGCGAGACCGACGUGUUGCGGCGGCCAACCUGCGCGCCAACUGGAAGAAUCGUGUCGGGUGCAUCAGCCAGCUGCAGUUUGAGCUGGGAAAGGUGCUGUGUGACGUCAGCUCCUGUGACAACUACGUACUGGCAGGGUACUCGUCGGGGGACGUCCGGCUGUGGAACACGUUGCACUGGGACCUGCCGUCGUCCCACCUCAAGUCCAAUUGGCUGUCGGCUCUCUCCGAGCCCAGGCCGCCCGUCGUUCUCGUGCGGGUCGCCGGCAGCGUGGCGGCGGCCGCAUACCUCGACGGUUGCGUGGACGUUUGGAGCACGCGAACGGGCGGCGAGCCCAUUUACCACCACCAGACGGCGGGGAGCCACCGCUCUUUGGCCCUCAGCCCGGACGGCUCCAUCCUGGCUUCCGCCGUCGACUCGGACGUCCGAUUGGACGGCACCGACGACCGCGGAGCGUGGACGAUGCUGGCCCUGACCCGCCUCCCCAAGCCCGUUCAUAGUUUGGCGUUGGCUCCCGGCAGCAGGGGGCGGCGGCGUGCGCUGACGGCAGUGGCAGCCGGGGAGUCGGUCUACCUGCUGGACGAAGAAGAGGAGGAGCCCAGGACCAUACACUCGGUGUACGGUCACCCUGUCACCUGCCUGGAAGCCUCCGAGCGUCGCGUCGCGUUCGGCGUGAAGCGCGGAGGCUGGGCCAUGCACGACGCAGGCAACAAGAUCCACGUGUACAGCUUGGAGACCGGCAAGGCGGUGGCGUGUGUCGGCGACUCGCCAGGCGACUUCACGUGCAUUCACCUCGACGAGGGCAAAGCGCCACACAUGAUGGUGUGCGGGAACAAAGACAGGAGGGUGCGCGUGUUGGACCUGCGCUCGGGCUCCUGCGUGUCGUCCUUGUACGCGCACCAGCUGGGCGUGACGUCGGUGCGCGCCGACGACUGGAAGGUGGUGAGCGGCGGCGGCGAGGGCCUGGUGUGCGUGUGGGAGCUGAGGAUGGGGAGCAAGUUGUGGGAGAUGCAUAACAGGCAUCCCGUCAGACACGUGCGCUUGGACAACCGUACGCUGCUGACGGCCAACAUCCCCGACGACAAGACGCCGCGGGGGGCGUGCAUCACCGACGACGACCUCACGGCCCACCGCAGGCACCGAGGAACCAUCUGCCACUAUGACUUUUCGGGCGGCGGCAGCGGAGGCGAUGAAAGCGGCAUCCUCCCCAUCUGCAGGUCCGACUACGUCCAAUCUCACGGCUACAAUUACAACAUCACGCUGGCCAUGCCCUACGACCAUCUCAGCUCCUCGUAGUGCCACCGCUCCUGCUCCUGCUGCUGCUGCUGCUGCUGCUGUUGCUCGGGACGCGCCUGCCAGGACCCCAUGGCCGCUCGCGGAGGCUCUCGGCGGCCAAAUGAAGUCCGCUACGCCGCCAAGUGCGAUGGCUCCCCCCGCCAAGUCCCUCCCUCCCUGUCUUCAGGGUCCUAAGUCCAUCUUUCCAGACAAGAUGAUGGCAUUCCUUCAAUCUCCUUCAAAGCCAACUAAAAGGUGACAGGCGCAAGUCGGAUUUGACGCAGCAGAAGAACUCCUCUUUUUUUUUUUUUUGUGGCCACUAUUGCCGUACAAAAUUAUUGUAUUCGUGGACUAAACAUGCCGAAAGACUGUACAGUUUAAAAUCACUGUCAAUACAUAAAAAAGUAAGUUUAACUCCAGGUUGAAUCCCUAAUCCAAGGUUAAAACCCUACUUUGAAACCAUAACCAGAGUUGUAAACCCUAGUUUAAAACCCUAAACCUAGUUUAAUACCCUACUUAACCCUAGUUGGAAGCCUUACAUUCAAACCCGAACAAGAUUUCAAUGCAGGGUUCCCAACUUGGGUUAGCGUCAAUUGCACAUUUGUUGAAGGAAAUGUAAGGUGCUUCAUGGAAUGUUUUGUAAAAGAUACGUUCAUUAAAUUUCAAAAAUUUCCAAA